AAGCUUGAAGCUCGAAGGUCGUUUCGUCUCCAAUCUUCGUCCAUCGUCACCUAUACAAAGCUUCCCAGCGAGAGCGCGGCAAGAGCUUGGAAAAGGCGCGGCCCCUUGUCUCCCCUCCAGGCAGACCGAGCCUUUCGAAGCUUUUCUUCGCUUCCAGUCGUUGUUACUUACGAUGGACUGGAUAAGGAGAAAGUCACGGAGCAGCGACCCCAAGGAUGCUGUCUACAUUGCCGUCGGCGCACUGAAGCAGGCUCUCGAAAUAUUCAAUGGCGUUGCUGGCAGUUUCCCUAUGCCAGGCUUGCAGGCCUGUGUCAACGAUCUCUUGGCGGUGUUAGAUAUGAUCCAGAUAUUUGCUUUGUACCUUAUCAUGAGUGCUAAUUCUCAUGUUGAAGCUAGGCAUUAUGCGCGGUUACCUAAUACUACAUCAACAGGCUAACUAAGGACGUCCAAGAUUUGACCAAGGCGGUGAAGA